AUGACUCCACCACAACAUAAAAAUUUUCAUACUUCAAAUCCCGAAACUUCUGCUGCUAUUGAUCGAAGUCUUCCUGAAUUUGCAGCUGCUGAAGUAUCGGAUGAAGAUACAUUUUUUAAAAAUCAUUCUCCUCCAAAUUAUUUACCAGAAAUUGAAUCAGAAGUUGAAGAAUUUAUAAAAUUUCAUCUUAAUAGAGAUAAAGAAAAUGCAAAAAUAGUUUUAGUAACUUCUGGAGGUACUACCGUUCCAUUAGAAAACAAUACGGUAAGAUUUAUUGACAAUUUUUCAGCAGGUACAAGAGGUGCUACAUCAGCAGAAUAUUUUUUAGAAAGUGGAUAUUCUGUAAUUUUCCUACAUCGUGAAUUUUCAUUAUUACCUUAUUCAAGACAUUUCAGUCAUUCUACGAAUUGUUUUUUAGAUUAUAUGAUUGAAAAAGAUAAUAAAAUUGAAAUAAAUCCUAAAUUUUCAAAUGAAAUGUUGAAAGUCUAUAAGAAAUAUCAUAAGGCUGAAUCUGAAAAUAAUCUUUUAUUAAUUCCAUUCACUACUGUUAAUCAAUAUUUAUAUACUUUAAAAUCAAUUUGCGAAAAAUUGCAAAUAUUACAAAAGAAUGCAUUGUUUUACCUUGCUGCUGCUGUUUCAGAUUUUUUCAUACCUCAAUAUAGAUUACCACAACAUAAAAUUCAAAGUUCAAAUAUAAAUCAUGAUGGCGAAUUAGUAAUUAGACUAAAUCAAGUACCUAAAUUUUUAUCAAGGUUGGUUGAUAAUUGGACUAAUACCAGAGCUUAUAUUGUAAGUUUUAAAUUGGAAACCGAUGAAGGUAUAUUGAUAAAAAAGAGUAAAUCUGCCUUGGAAAGGUAUCAUCAUCAACUAGUUAUUGGAAAUUUAUUACAAACUAGAAAAACGGAAGUUGUAUUUGUAACUAAAGAUAAUGAAGAUUGGGUAAAAUUAAAUGAUGAGGAAAUUGCAAAUAAUGUAGAAAUAGAAAGUUUAAUGAUUCCACAAGUUAUAAAAUUACAUGAUAAAUGGAUUAAAGAUAUAUAA